AUGAUCGCCGAUGUUGAUGCGACAGUUCAAAUCCUUGAGAUUCGAGAUGAGCGAGAGCUAGGUGCUAUCUUCGCUCGUGAUACUACUUCAUCCACCACAUCGACCACAUCUACCACUUCUUCCACUACAUCCACUACCUCAACUACAUCCACCACAUCGAGCACUACAUCUUCGACAACAUCUACUACCACCUCGACUACCUCUACCACUACAUCGUCAACCUCGACAUCUUCUACUACAUCUUCCACAUCUUCGACUUCCUCGGCGACCACCUCCAGUUCCACAACAACAACGAGCACAUCGACAACCACAACAAGCACUGCAACUGCCACAAGCACGGUGUCCGCCGCUCAAAAAGAAAAGAACCACAAAGGAAACAUCAACGCAAUCAUUUUCUCUGUUUGCAUUAUCUGUGUCUUCAUUGGUGUUGCCAUUCUUCACUGUGCUCAAGACCGAGCAAAGGCAAAGCGCAUCGCUGCCCGCGAGCUUCUCAAAUCCUCCGCUGUCAUUCCUGCACCACUUACCUCUACGAAGAAUGAGUCCAGCACCAAUCUGCUCAGUGAUCGAUCCUCUGUGGUGUUCAGAGAUCUGCCGCAAUCCGAUUCACGACCCCUUACCGCUCAAAGUCCUACUCCGACUCGCGAGAUUGGGAAUCAUUAA